UGGUGCUUUUUACAUUGGCCUGAGAAGAAACUGUUCAAUUAUUUUUCUGUAUCACUUGUAGAAAGCAGAAAACAAAACAAUACCUCCCCCCCCCCCGCAUUUGGUUUCGACUACAAACUCAUUAUCACGCAGACACAAAGCUUUGCUUGUGACCAAACUUGUAUGGUCACAAGUUUUGUUAAUAAGUAUAAACAAGAACCACAAACUUGUGAUUCUAUUUCUGACUCCCUCCGAGGUUCUAUUGGGCUUUAGUCCGCACAGGGGAUUAUACAGGUUACCCGCCGUGCGUAACGAGAUUGUGACGAAACGUUCCGAAAAGAGCCGAAGAGCGCCACCGGAAAGAACCGAAGUCUGUUGCCGGAAAGAACCGAAGAGAGGGACUUUUACAAAACACUGAAGCACGGCGGGCACAGUUAGUAGGAAUGAUUGCUUGUUUGCACUUUAGUCAAGGCUCCCAUUAUUAUUACUCUGACGCGAAAUCACGUGCAGACGCCCGCUUGCAGAACCCUCCGCUGCUGUAGAGGUCGCUGUGGCUCCGCUGCUUUCCUUACCCCGCAAGGCGCUCAGCUCGCCGACCCGUGUCCUCUUCUAUUUCCCAGCUGCUCCCUAUUGUGGAGGGUGUGACGUGCGAGGAAUGUCAGCUGACAGAGUCACGUGAUGGGGUCUGUGUGCUAGAGGAUGGCGGAGGUUUGAUGAACACACUGGUCGAAUAGGAAUAGCAGAGCUUCUCAUCGUUACCAAGGGACCGAGCGGGUUCACGGGAGGUACAAGAGCGACACUGUUUCUAUUUUUGUAAAGAUCACUGAAGAUCCUCGGCCAUGACGGAGUUCUGGUUAAUCUCUGCUCCAGGAGAAAAAACAUGCCAACAGACCUGGGAAAAGCUGAUGGCUGCCACCACCAAGAAUAACAACCUGUCUACAAAUGCCAAGUUUAACAUACCAGAUCUGAAGGUGGGCACUCUGGAUGUGCUGGUCGGCCUCUCUGAUGAACUGGCUAAACUGGACGCGUUUGUUGAAGGAACAGUGAAGAAGGUAGCCCAGUAUAUGGCUGACGUUUUGGAGGACAGCCGAGAUAAAGUUCAAGAAAACCUUUUGGCCAAUGGAGUGGAUUUGGUAACAUACAUAACCAGGUUCCAGUGGGAUAUGGCAAAGUACCCAAUUAAACAGUCACUAAAGAAUAUUUCUGAAAUAAUCGCGAAGGGUGUAACACAGAUUGACAAUGAUCUCAAAGCAAGAGCCUCUGCAUACAAUAAUCUGAAAGGAAAUCUACAGAAUCUGGAGAGAAAAAAUGCAGGAAGUUUAAUUACAAGAAGCCUGGCUGAAAUUGUGAAGAAAGAUGACUUUGUGCUGGAUUCAGAAUAUCUGAUUACACUUUUGGUAGUAGUUCCAAAAAAUAACUAUAAUGACUGGAUGAAGCAAUAUGAAACCCUCUCUGAGAUGGUUGUUCCUCGAUCCAGCAAUGUUCUUUCAGAAGACCAGGACAGUUACCUCUGUAGUGUCACUCUGUUCAGGAAAGCUGUGGAUGACUUCAGACACAAAGCAAGAGAAAAUAAGUUUGUUGUCCGUGAUUUCCAGUAUAACGAAGAGGAAAUGAAAGCGGACAAAGAAGAAAUGAACAGACUCUCAACAGACAAGAAGAAGCAGUUUGGACCUCUGGUACGAUGGCUUAAAGUUAAUUUCAGUGAAGCUUUUAUUGCCUGGAUUCACGUGAAAGCACUAAGAGUUUUUGUUGAGUCUGUGUUAAGGUACGGCUUGCCAGUUAACUUCCAAGCCAUGCUGCUCCAGCCCAGCAAGAAGACCAUGAAGAAACUGAGGGAGGUUCUGUAUGAUCUGUACAAGCAUCUGGACAGCAGUGCUGCCUCCAUUAUAGAUGCCCCAAUGGACAUCCCUGGGUUAAACCUCAGCCAGCAAGAAUACUACCCAUAUGUGUACUACAAGAUUGAUUGCAAUUUGCUGGAAUUUAAGUAAAACAAACCCAUAUUAUCCUGUUGUCCGAGCCGAAAUGAAUUUGAAGUACAGAGAGACAGUUUACCAGCUAACCCUGUGCUUGCGUCUCAUUCCUCUUAGCCAGGUGAUAUCCAACGUAGUUCCUUUUCUUUUAAAGAAUGUUCUAUAGAUAUUGUUGCUUUUAAUCGAUGAGAUAUUUAAAUGUCCACUGAACAAAUAAGAGCCUAUUUAUAAAGAGAUUUAUUUAACUCCUGCAGUGCAAAAGCAGUCAGUGUGGCAUGCCGGAAUCCCUGCCCCAAAGGUUCUCCAUGAUCCCAUUCCUCGUUUGUAUGGUGUUAUAUAUUCAUUUUGUAGCAUCGCUGCCCAUAUAGAUCUUGUUUACAAGGGCGAUGGUGUAAUCGUUUUAUACCAUUCCAUUCACUGUAUUUAGUCCAUGAAGGUGGCAUUGUGAUGUUAAUGUCAUGUAAUUCUAUUUAAUGUACGUGCUUUCUGAAUGUUUGAUGAAGACCUCGGAGCCCUGUCUGUACUCACAGGAGGAAUAAAAUAUACCUGUGCAAAUA